AUGGCUCCCUCCAUCACCGAGUCCCCCGUCGUCGUCCCCGAAGUCACCAAGGAAACCCAACGCCAGCCUCUCCAGCUCAGCGGUGCAUUGCAGGACGUCGAGACCUUCGACGUGACUCCAGUCAUCGGUCGUGAAUUUCCGACUGCGAGUCUUGCUGAAUGGCUGCGCGCGCCCAACUCGGACGAGCUUCUGCGCGAUCUCGCCAUCACCAUUUCCCAAAGAGGCGUCGUCUUCUUCCGCAAGCAGGACGGCCUGACCGAUGACCUGCAAAAGGAGCUCGUCGACCGACUGGGCCGUCUGACAGGAAAACCCAGCACCUCUGGCCUGCAUAUCCACCCCAUCAGCAACUCGUCGCGCGAGCACAGCACUCCAGACGACGAAAUCAGCGUCAUCAGCUCUGCGCAGCGACAGAAACUGUAUCAGGGCAAGAACUCAUUCGGUCGCAGUGGACGGCACGAAUGGCACAGUGAUAUCACCUUCGAGCCGGUGCCCAGCGACUACACUCUCCUUCGUUUGACGGAACUACCCAAGACUGGCGGAGACACCCUCUGGGCCUCUGGCUACGAAGUCUACGACCGAAUCUCCAAGCCCUACCAGGCCUUCCUCGACGGUCUGACAGCCACCUACGCCCAGCCACUCUUCAACUCCAUCGCAGACCAGAACAAGUUCGCCGUGCACCCCGGCCCACGCGGUGCGCCCGAGAACGUGGGUGAAGAGCUGCUCGCCGUGCACCCGGUCGUGCGCACGAACCCGGUAACCGGGUGGAAGAGUAUCUUCGCGGUCGGCCACCACGUCCAGAAGGUCAAUGACCUUUCGGAGGACGAGAGCCGACAUCUGCUCGACUGGUUUGUGCGCCUGGUAACGGAGAACCAUGGCCUACAGGUACGGCUCCGGUGGCAGAACCCCAACGAUGUGGCGAUCUGGGACAACCGUAGUGUAUACCAUGCCGCGACAGUCGACUACCAGGAGCUUGGGCCUCGGACGGGGCAUCGUGCAGUGGGACUGGGCGAGAGGCCGUUCUUCGAUGCGAAGAGCAAGAGUCGGAGGGAGGCGUUGGCUGACCAGAUAUAA